UAAGCACGUGGACCCACUCAAUGAGAAGGCUGGUUGUUAUGCUGCAGUUGGCAGGCUGCUGCGGGAGGCGGUGGCGGUAGGAAGCCUGAGGCUGCGGGGUGACAGGAGAUGAGCUAUCCAGAGAAUUUUUAGGAUAAAAAGAACUGCUUGGAGAACUGGCACACCAGCAAGCCGGAUGUGGACAGAGAGAUUUCUUAGAAGAGCAAGCAAGCAGAAUAUAGACAGACAAAUAUCCAGAGAGAAGCAGACUGGAAAAGCAGAACAGGUGGUCAGCAUGUACCCACAGUUUGACUUCCACUCCCAGACACCCCUUUUCUCGGAACUCCUCUGCAUGCUGAGGCAGCUGCUUGGCAGAGUUGGAAAAUAUUUAACUCUCAACAAAUGAAUUCCACACUUGAACUCUGCUGUAUUCCUGUGCCACCUCCUCCUUUAGAGAACUGAUCUUAAGACAGAGAUAAAAGAAGACUAGAAGGUAAAGGAAGAUGCUGGGAUCAGAAAGAGCUGUUGUAGAAGAAUGGUUAUCAGAAUUCAAGGCAUUACCUGACACUCAGAUUACCAGUUAUGCAGCAACCUUGCACCGGAAAAAAGCCCUUGUGCCAGCUCUCUAUAAAGUUAUUCAAGACUCAAACAAUGAGCUCCUGGAGCCUGUCUGCCACCAACUGUUUGAGCUCUAUCGUAGCUCUGAGGUUCGACUUAAGAGGUUCACUCUGCAGUUCCUGCCUGAAUUGAUUUGGGUUUAUUUGCGACUUACAGUUAGUAGAGACAGGCAGAGCAAUGGCUGUAUUGAAGCACUUCUCCUAGGAAUUUAUAAUUUGGAAAUUGCUGAUAAAGAUGGAAACAAUAAAGUGCUGUCUUUCACGAUCCCUUCCUUAUCUAAGCCUUCAAUAUACCAUGAACCCUCUACAAUUGGAUCCAUGGCUUUGACAGAAGGGGCAUUAUGUCAGCAUGACCUCAUCAGGGUUGUUUACAGUGAUCUUCAUCCUCAGAGAGAAACAUUCACUGCACAAAACCGGUUCGAAGUCCUGAGUUUUCUCAUGCUGUGCUAUAAUUCAGCUAUUGUGUAUAUGCCUGCAUCAUCUUACCAAUCUCUUUGUCGAAUGGGUUCAAGGGUUUGUGUGAGUGGGUUUCCACGACAACAUGAGAAACAGUGGAAGGAACUUUGUGGUCGAAUCGUAUUAGAUCCUGAAUUUAUGGUGCAACUUCUCACAGGAGUUUACUAUGCUAUGUAUAAUGGACAGUGGGACCUUGGCCAGGAAGUACUUGAUGACAUCAUUUAUAGAGCUCAGCUAGAACUCUUUUCUCAGCCACUCUUGGUGGCAAAUGCCAUGAAAAACUCAUUACCAUUUGAUGCACCUGAUUCUUCACAAGAAGGCCAGAAAGUACUUAAAGUGGAAGUCACUCCAACAGUGCCGAGAAUCUCUCGGACUGCAAUUACAACAGCUUCAAUUCGUCGUCAUAGAUGGAGAAGAGAAGAUGGCUUUGACUUCUCAAACGAGGCUGACUCGAGUAUUCCUGGCUCCCCGAUCCAACACGGCUCCACUGACCUAGGGAUCAAACGUGUGCAAGAGGGGGAGGUGCUGGUGCGCAGGACCCCUGAGCAUGGCUCGCCGGAGCCCAACUCAGCAGCAGCCACAACAGAGGGUAGGACAGAGAUGAGGAGGCAGAAGGCAGUGAGGCAGUUGCUGGAGAAGGAUCCUGGCUCUCUGUCCCCAAGCAGAGCACCUUUACAUUCUAGUGCUGAGGGUCUAAAUGGAGGAGAGGAGUCCUUAAACAUGAAUGAUGCAGAUGAAGGAUUUUCAUCGGGGGCUUCUCUCAGCAGCCAACCACAUGGGACCAAACCAUCCUCCUCUUCUCAGAGGGGAAGCUUACGGAAAGUAGCAACUGGGCGUUCCGCCAAAGACAAAGAAACAGCAUCAGCCAUCAAGUCCAACGAGAGCCCUCGAGAUUCAGUAGUUGGGAAGCAGUUUCUACAACAAGCAGAUCUCAGCAUAGAUUCAGUUGAGCUGACACCGAUGAAGAAACACUUGAGCCUGCCUGCAGGCCAGGUGGUGCCAAAAACCAAUAGUCUAAGCCUAAUCCGGACAGCCAGUGCUUCCUCAAGUAAAUCUUUUGACUAUGUAAAUGGUGGUCAAGCAAGUACCAGCAUUGGGGUUGGCACUGAGGGAGUUACUAACCUAGCAGCUACAAAUACUAAUAGAUACUCAACUAUCAGUCUACAAGAAGACCGGCUAGGUCAUGCUGGUGAAGGUAAAGAGCUCCUCAGCCCAGGAGCCCCCUUAACCAAGCAGUCUCGAUCCCCAAGUUUCAAUAUGCAGCUAAUAUCCCAGGUGUAGUUCUGGUGUCCCCUUGUUCUGCUUCCCUUCUACACUGAACAUUUCAUUGUGCAAGACACGUCAUCCCGCAUUGUGAAAAAGAUGUCACUGUCAUCAGAUUUGACUUAGCUUAGGUAUCUCAUACUGUAUUUUGUAUGGAAACAGCAAUAAGGUUUUCCUUUCCUUUCUUUAACCUCUCACCUAUUCCCUUAAAUGUGUUUGUGAAGCAGUGUAAAAUGUUUGCCUUUCCCUGCCUUCCUUUCUCUUGGGUGAUGUGCAAUCCAUCGUAGGCUGAUCGGUCCCAUUUCAACACUGUGAGACUGAGGAGAUGUUAGAGGAAAUGGUGUAUAGGAUCCCUAUGAAGUGACUCUUUGGCUUUUGUUUAAAAACAAAACGGGUUUGUUCACAUAAUCUAUGGAACUAUGAAGAUAACUGGAUCAUAUUUUUUUCUCUUAACCAGGAGUGCCUCAGAGAUUCUGCUAUGACUUUGGGCUUUCUCUGAGUCUGUGCAAUUUUAUAUUCUUGGGUAGCAUGGGGGAAGGCGGUAGACUACUGCAAUUUUUUUUAUUAAAAUGAGGCUGACUGCCCCCUUAUUUUAUCCCAAGGACACAAAUAUUUAAUUAUUGAGGCAUUUAAAUCAAUUUGUGACCACCUCCAUUGGAGGGUGUGGCUCUAAGUUGAUUCUCUAAUUGAUAAUGCACUUUCUCAAUGGCUCUAUAGUCAUUAACAACAGGUCUUCCCUCUUCCCACAAGGACUUAAGGACAUUUCCGCCCUUAAAGUUUGAAUUAACAAAUCAGAGACUCAAAGGGGCAUGUUCUAUUUCCUAGGAAUGAUUGAUAUUAUGGUGCUGGGGUUUUGUUGGGGGAAGGGUGUUUGUUUAAUUUGUGUGAGAUUGUAUAUGAGGUAAAGCUAUAAUUGUUUUCUUUCUUCCUUUCCUUUGUGAGUUGGUGAUGACUGAAGUAGAAACUGUACAUCUUCAGGUAAAGAGAGGAAUUUCUCAGUCUACUCUCUGAGAUAUCAGACUAGAGAAACCCUUUCAGCUGCUUCCUAGAUGUACCUAGAUUCAGUCAGAUAUUGGAUACAGAAACCUAAAGUCCUGAGAUUAUAUACUCCAAGGAAAUACAUCAGGGACAGAUAAUUGGUUGAAAACACUGAUGCUUCAAUGUGACACAUUUGUAUAGAACAUUUCUACCAGAGGGUACUGACUUGAUUUCUCCACAAGGACCACACUGCCUUUGUGUUUAUUGCAGUUUGUGUAUCUUCUGAUUAUCUGCAAAGUUUCUCGUUUUUAUAAAACUUUGAAAUCAUGCCAGUAAACUAGAUGUUGAAUGUAAAUCAGUAGCAUUUGGUAACUGCUAAGAGGCUACAAAAAUGCAUUAUUAGUUUAAAGGCUCUUUGUUGUGAUUUGGUUGGAUAAGACUUUCUUAUAAUCUCUUCUGGGUCUCAGGCUUUGUUUGAAAAAGAAGGGAAUAUAUUAGAAUUUUAAAAAUCAGUAUUGUGACUUCAAUUGCUAUGAAUUACCCAUCUCAAAAACAUCAGUUACACACACUCUCUUACAUGUAGACAUUUUAUGGUAUUGUGAAUGGAAAUUAUACUGCCUUUAUAGGAAGCAAGUGUUCUCCUAAUUGACAAAGUUGUUUUAUCUCUAUUUACCAUAAAGUUUGAUAAAUAACCAGGAAAACGACUCUCAUUUUUUUUCACACAUAAGCCACCAUUUUUGGAAGAGUAGUCUGUCUGUCUAUUAGUUUAGGGAGCAUUGUGUUAGUAUAACCUUUAAUUAGAUUUGAUAGUUUGUAACAUUUUUCAGCUCCCAGCAAAUAGAAAACUAGAACCUCAGCUAUUAUCCAUAUCAUUGCCAAAGUUUGGAGUAAGGCUAAAAGCUGAUAUGUGAUCUAUUGAUUGAUUAUAAUAUGCAUAUGACAUGUCUAUUUAUCACAGACAUAUUUUAGCCCUAUUUCUACUAAUUUAAGUAAUUAAGAGAUACCAAGUAAACUAAAAAAAACAGAGUUGUAAAACAGUAAAAAAAAAUAGUGAAAAUGUUUUUGUAACCUACUAAAUGGAGAAGCUUUCUAGUGCAUAAAGGAAGGUAUCAGUCUUAUACAGCAAAACAUGCCUACUUUAUGCUGGAGGUCGCUGGGCUCAAGUGCACACAGAUUGACAUUUAAACCAAGCGUUUUAGAUAAAGCACAAAAGAAUACCAAACAAUUUGAAAGUAUAGCAUAAACUGUUGUAAGUAUAAGAAAACAUCCUUUGAUUAGAACUGUUAUAACUGAAGGGUUGGUUUUAAGAUAUUUUUCAGAAUCAGGAAUGAUGGCACACACCUUUAAUCCCAGCACUCCAAAGGCAGAGGCAGGUGGAUCUCUGAGUUCAAGGCUGGCUUGGUCUACAGAGUGAGUUCUAAGACAGCCAGAGCUACACAGAGAAGGAAGCCCUGUCUCAGAGAAGAAAAAGAAAAAAAGUUUUUUUUUCAUCUUAAAGGAUAUCUUUUAUCGGUAUUUCGUAGACUUUGUAUAUACAUCCCAAGUAAUAUUUCACAACCCUGUAACAUUUGCUUCCUAUUCCUUGGGUUAUAAUUUGGUCUCAGUGAAGAAAUUCUUCAUAUACACUUUAUAACCAGGGUCUUAGAAUACAUUUUCUGUAUAAAAUAACAGUUAAAAUGAAAUUAAUUAAAAUUAAACAAACUAUCCAAUUUUCUAAUGAUAUUUUCAACCAUUUUGUGUUACCAGCAUUGAAUUUAAAAUGAUUUUUGUAAAGUUACUCAGCAGCUGUUAGAAAUGUCAUAGAAAGUCAGAAAUGUCCGUACUUUAUCCUUUAACAAAUUCCCUUUAAUAUUUCUCCACUUUCAUGAAGCAUCAUCACACUAAUAGAAAAAGGACAUUUUGGGGAAAAUAUUUGUUUUAUAUAAUUCAAAAAAUGACCGAUGCCAUCUGCACUGGGUUAAGGACUACAAUAUCUGAAGGUUUGAAGAGUUCUUCUAUAUGACUUUCAGUUACUUUUACUGGUAAGAAAGCUAAAAUAUAAAGUAAAAACUUAACUUAGAAGCUGGGGAGGGAAGAGUUGUCUUUUAAAAUCUUGGUCCUUUACCAACAUCCCUUUUUUCCCAGCCCACUGUUGUGUGCCCAUUUAUUGCAGAUCAGGAUUUCUGUGCUAGAAGAGACCCUAGAAAUAACUUGGCUCUUCUCUCUGCCACACAUGCAUUCAUCAUCAGGGCACUGAGGCUCAGCAGAGGUUGUAGACUAAGUAAGGCCCAUGGCUAAGAAGCUGGGCCAUAGUCAAACCUUGUCUCUAGUCCCGUUCAUGUUGAUGCCUCUUUGCCUCUAGUUAUCCAGACUUUGGUAAAUGUGAUAUGAAACACUUCCAUUUCUGCUGUUUCUUUGUUUCUGCCCCAGUACCUGAUGAACACAUUAAGAAAGAUAUUAAUUCCAGAGGGAAAAAAAGUAAAAUAAUUAAUACAGAUGGGGAUGUGUUCAAAAUGCACAUUAUUCUUUUCUAAUUUAUGCCUUGUGAAUUUUCUACCACAUAACAGUUAUAUGCUGCCAGGUUAUUUGUAUUUCUGGGGAUUUGUUUAAAUGCAAAAUAAACCCAAUGAAAUUUCCUUGAUCAGUGUUUCUAACUAUUUAAAAGCUAUACUGCGGAGGAUUGCAAAGUAAAGAUAAAGCUCAGUUCCAUUAAUUUUUAAUCUAGAGAGAGAAUGUUCCUUACUGUGCUUAGAGAAGAUUAAGAGCAAUAUUCCUCAAUGUGAUUGAAGAGAUUUACAGUGAGUGUAAAUGUAUGAGUCCAUGAGCAGUGGUCUCUGUCAUUAUAACAUAAACCGUAUAAAAUGACUCAAGGGUGGUAGUCUUAGCCACAGAGUGCAGUGUCUCCAACCGGUAGUCUCAUCCCACUUAGUAGCUUUUAAAUUUGUUAGAAGAGCUCUCUCGUGCUGUGUUUGUUUGCACUGCUUCUGUGAAUACGUCAAUGCAGUGGUUUUCCUACCUCCCUUAUGAGGUUUCUUUGGGUCCAUCUUAAGUACUUCAGUUGUUGACAAUCAGAUGUCUCAUUUAAUUUACUAUAUAUUCAUUUAUAAAUGAAAGUACUAGUUUCUGUCUUUGUGGGUAAGGUAACGUACUGUACCAACAUUGAGAAGGGAGACCACUCCAUUUCUGAACUUGGAUUGCAUUAUAAAGUAUGGGUUUUUUUAAUUUAACAAAAAGACUUAGUAUUCUAAUUAUAUAGUUUUUUAAUUUAAAAAGACUAAUAUGUCAUGCUAGUGAUCAGAAAUUCUACAGAAAUCCUAGAGCAACUUUUCUGCACUGGUUAUAUUAAGCAUUGAGACAGGAGGCUUUCCCCAAGCUGGAUGACUCCUGUCACUGCUUCACCACUGAGUUGGUGAGAUGCUGUAAUACUUUUAAUUUUCCCAAAGUGGUCUCCAAAAUAAGUGAUUGAAAACUAGCUAUUGGUGGCACUUUAACCUCUUAAAAAUAUUUACCAGAUUAUAUAAACAUGGGAUACAGUGUAAAAAUAGCAUCAUGAGUCAUCAGAUUGGUACAGUUUUCCAUGCAAAGGAGAUGAGCCAAAUUCUAGUAUUGUUUCUAUUGUGUGAACCUAGUGGGCGGUUCACACGUGUGGAACUACUGCGGAGGCACAACCCCGCCUCUUGUCCUUGAGGUAGCUGCAUUCCAUCUGACCCUGACAGCAUCUCUUUUCCUCCAACAUUUUUGUAAUGUUAGCCAUUUGUCCUAUGAGAAAUAUGGUCAAGACCAAACAAUUCAGGAUACAGUUUCACAGAAAUGUAGGGUUGUGUGGAAUAACUGGCCGAAGGCCACAGAAGUAAACUUUCUAUGUUUUGCUUCUGAAUUUCAAAAGGAUGGGUUUCUUAAUGUUUACAAAUUAAGGCACAUUUGUAUGUCUGAUAUUAAUUAGACUACUACAUUUUAAUAUGGUUUUACCAAAAGAAAGUAGAAUUAGGUGUAUUUUAAGAUAUAAGCCAGUCUUUUUUAAAACUUGAGCAUCUGGAGGUAGGUGUUUUUAUUGACAAAGAAAAAUGAACUUAAUUGGAUAAUCUCUCCCCAUCUGCUACUUUGCUAUAUGGCUUGCUGUAUUGGAGUGUAAACAGUUCAGUGUUAAUCAUAUCAGAAGACAUUUUUACAUCCUCAUCAAUUUAUAAAAUUUACCAAAGAAAAUGUUUCUGAUAAAUCCUUUUUAAAGCAUUAAGGAAUGUACCCCUCUUUGAUGUAGUGAUUGCUUUCUAACCCUGAGGGAAACAAAUAUUAAUAUAUUAUUUGAACUAAAAAACACAUAGGGUAAAUAGACAAUGUCCUGUUUUUCCCUACAUCAGUAAGAUGUCAGUACUCCACUGAAAGUACCAUUUAAAGAAUAAGUCUUAAUUUUAUUCCUUAGGACAUUUUUAUUAAAAUUAAGGAUUUUGCGUAUCAGUAUUGAAUAUAAAGGGGGAAACUCCUGAAGAUGGUAUAUUGUAUAUUAUGGGUUGUCUAGGGAAAAUUAUUGAAAGGUACCCCUCAAUGGACAGUGGCAUUUAUUUCUAGUAUAAUCGUAGCUAAAUUGACAUGGUUAGGUUAGUUUGCAUUUAUGUCUGUGUUCACUCUUGACUACUUUUUGUCUUUGCAUAUGAUUGGGUUAAAGGAAGCCAAAAUAACUGCUUUAAAAUAUGUCGGCCAAAAAGAUCUAAAGGGUUUAAGCUGUUUAAUGAUCUCUUAAAUAACGAAUUAUAGUUGUUUUUUAACUAUUUCGAACAAGUUCUUUAAUUUUUUAAUACCACAUUAUAGUUAAUAAGUACUUAACUGGUGUGUGGUGGUACAUGCCUGUAAUCCCAGCACUUGGAGGCAGAGGUAGACUGAUCUCUGAGUUCAAGGCCAGGCUGGUCUAUAGAGUGAGUUCCAGGACAGCCAAGGCUACACAGUUAGACCCUGUCUCAAAACAACAGACAGACAGACAGACAGACAAACAAAAAUGUAUUGUUCUUGGGAAAAGAAGAUUGGCCUUCAAAUAAUGACUGAUAAUGGUUUUUAUUUUUAAUUUUAUUAUCUGAAUACAGUAUAAAGAUAUGUUCUGUGUGAUGUUAAAAAUAUUAGUAUGAGGUUUAUCGUGUAUUUUACACUGGAUCUUUUUGGUUCUUCUAAAAACUAGGCUGGCUUUACAUUCAGUUUAAAACUGGUUAAAUGAAAAUGUUUAGCAGUGCACGGAUUUUACUACCUUGGCUUUAUGUAAUGUGAUUUCUAUAAUAGCAAACAGAAUAUCCCAUUCUGAUUAUUUGUUUCCUAAGAAGGAUAUAUUUGAUCAGCCUGUUCUUAUUGUCAGCCAAUAUCAAUGUGUAGCUUGGGAUAAAUGUCCCAGGUAUUGAGAGGAUUCUGCUGCUGAAAAUUCUGCCGGCGUGUACAAAGUAUGAUCUUUAUUGAGAGAUGUCCUUUCAACUUGGGACUAGUGAAAAAUCUUUCUUUCUUUUGUUUCAGAGCUGAAGAAAAAAACCAAAAUGCACAUUUAAGAUCAUAUGUACUGGUGCAUGUGAGCCGUUAUCUUGUCUUAUUGAAUGGACUAAUGCUGUUGAUUGUUGAAAUGUGAAAUGUGUCACUGUUGAACUUGUACAUAUCUGCCAGAGAUGAAAAAUAUUUUAAGUUAUUGUAAAUAAAGAUGUAUAAAAUUGAGUAUCCGUCUGCAAUGCAGAAACAUAACAUCUCAGAUGUUAAAUAUGUCUCUUGAGGGAUAUGUCAUGUCUCCCUGAUGUAUCUAGCUACAUAAGGAAUGUACAUUUUCUUUUGUAUAAAAUACAGCUUCAUUUGGCUUUUAACUGGA